AUGGCUUCCCACAAACUCCUUCCCACCAUUUUCCUCCUCUCUCUCAUUUCUUACUCAUCAUUCACUCAGGCCAAUUGCCCACCCACUCCAAAGCCCACUCCCACUCCGAAGCCCACACCUCCCACACCCAAACCCUCUCCGAAGGUCCCCUCACCACCGCAACCCUCUCCAAAGCCCACACCACCCACCCCAAAGCCCACACCACCCACCCCAAAGCCCACACCACCCACACCCAAACCCUCACCCAAGCCCUCACCCAAGCCUAGCUGCCCUCCUCCUUCACCUCCAUCACCCAAAGGUUCCUGCCCCAUAGACACCCUAAAGCUAGGUGUUUGUGCUAAGAUCCUAGGACUUGUGAACAUCAUUGUUGGAACUCCUCCUUCCAGCGAAUGUUGCGCUUUGAUUAAAGACUUGGCGGAUUUGGAAGCCGCACUUUGCCUUUGCACUGCCAUUAAAGCCAAUGUGCUCGGAAUCAACUUGAACGUGCCUGUCACGAUCACCGCGAUCCUCAGUGCGUGUCAAAAAACUGUCCCUUCUGGCUUCCAAUGCCCCUAG